UUAUAAUUCUGCCAUGGUCAUUUAAUUUGUACAUAGAUGAAAGUUAUGGCAACUCAUGCGAACAGUUUAUGGAAAAUAAUGGAAUGACGCGAUUUGUUACGUGCAUUGAUUUAUUUCCAAACGAUCAUGCUGCCAUUGAUACUACUCAAUGGCCUGAAGAUUUGCCUGGUUCACAGUACUGUCCAAUGUUAGAAAGGGAGGGUGGGCUACAAGUAUUGGCGGAUUUAAUUAAGAGGUCAGAUGUGACGCGAGAUAUCAAAAUGUUAGCAGUCUUAACAUUAUACCAGUGCGAGUUGGCUACAACUGACCAUGAUGCAAACUUAAACGCCCAAACUAUCAUAAGGGGCGGCCCCCUGAGUGCCGGGGACUACAGGUCCAAACCCCCGCACAUAACUCACGGGAUCGUUAUACUGCUCGGGCUG